CCCACGUUUCCACAAUUUGGUCUUCUCAUUUCUCCCUUCAUGUCCACUCCAUCUUUAUAUUUCUUUUUCCUCUCUUCCCCAUAACCCAUCUGUGUUCACAAUUCUGAACCUUAAAAUCAAAUUUCUUCAAAACCCAAGAAGGGAUUAGAGUAUGUUCCAAGAAAAAUUUGUUACCCAAAUGAGAGACAUGCAAAACAAGAAGAAAAUCUCAUCAACAACAAGGAAAAGGAAGAGAAACAUACACAAUUUAGAACAAGAGCAAGAAAAAUCAGAAACCAUGCUUGAUAUCCAUUCUAAUACGCAGGAACAUGAUGAGUUGAAAGUAAAAGAAGAGCCGGAAAGUAAUCGGAAACGUAAACGAAUGAUGAUUCCGCCAAAACUCAUUGUAUCUUCCGGGACGAAUAAUUUGUCAGGUGCUACUGGUGGUCAUAGAAGAUUAUGGGUGAAAGAUAGGUCUAAAGCAUGGUGGGAUAGUUGCAAUCAUCCUGAUUUUCCAGAAGCGGAAUUCCGGAAAGCGUUUAGAAUGAGUAGAUCGACAUUUGAUAUGAUUUGCGAAGAGUUGAGUUCGGUUGUUGCGAAAGAAGAUACAAUGCUAAGAGCGGCGAUACCAGUUCAACAACGUGUUGCUGUUUGCAUUUGGAGAUUAGCAACAGGUGAACCACUAAGACUUGUUUCUAAAAAAUUUGGUUUGGGUAUUUCUACUUGUCAUAAACUUGUUCUUGAAGUGUGUUCGGCUAUUAAAACUGUUUUGAUGCCAAAGUAUUUGCAAUGGCCUAGUGUUGAAGCAUUGGAAAAUAUUAAGGCAGAUUUUGAAAAGAUUUCUGGUAUACCAAAUGUUGUGGGUUCUAUGUAUACUACUCAUAUACCAAUUAUCGCGCCGAAAAUUAGUGUGUCUGCAUAUUUCAAUAGGCGACAUACGGAGCGGAAUCAGAAGACAUCAUAUUCAAUUACGGUUCAAGGUGUUGUGGAUCAUAAAGGUGUUUUUACUGAUUGUUGCAUUGGUUGGCCUGGUUCAAUGUCGGAUGAUCAAAUUCUCGCAAAAUCAGCAUUGUAUCAAAGAGCUAACGGAGGAUUACUGAAAGAUGUCUGGAUUGCUGGGACUACCAGUUACCCAUUAACAGAUUGGGUUCUAGUUCCCUACACCCAGCAACAUUUAACGUGGACACAACAUGCGUUUAAUGAGAAAAUUCAUGAAGUUGAACGAGUUUCUAAAGAAGCAUUUACCAGAUUAAAAGGGAGAUGGACUUGUUUACGCAAAAGAACCGAGGUGAAGCUACAGGAUUUACCCGCUGUUCUUGGAGCCUGUUGUGUUUUGCAUAAUAUUUGUGAAAUGAGAAACGAAGAAAUGGAUUCGGAACUGAGAUUCGAGCUUUUUGAUGAUGAAAUAAUUGCUCAAAGUAGUUUAAUUAGAUCAACAAGUUCAAUGCAAGCAAGAGACAAUAUUGCUCAUAAUCUAUUACACCAUGGUCUUGCAGGUACAUCUUUUCAAUAGGGACAGUUUUUUAGUAGCUUUAUAUUUUUUGUAUUCUCCAAGUUCCCUGGUCUGUAAUUCUUUCCGGAUACAAAACAAUAUAAUGAUGCACCCCCGUUGUGAUCUUUGGUAUGGAUUCUAUUUCUUGUU